AGGCGGCGGCGAGAGGGGAGAACUCGGCUCAUCCAGCUGGAGAGCCUGACCAGGAGGAGUCGAACAUUAACUCGGGUCUUCCAGGGCACCCUGCAGACUCGGCUGCUGGCAACAGUGAGGGAGUGCGGCUCCCGGGGGUGGGAUGACGUGAACGCCAAACAGGAGUCCAUCACAGGUCGACUGCAGCUCCUUGUCUCAGAGUGGGAGGGAUUUGAAGCACAAAGGGAGGAGCUUGUCGUUUUGUUGGCUGAUAUGGAUGUCCACCUGAGUGAGGUUGACCAGCUGACAGGAAACACGUGUGAAAAACUGAAACAACUGCAGGUGUGGGGUUGUUUUGAUAUGACAUAUAUUUGAUAUGAUACAUACGUCAGAGACAUUGUCCUAAACUGGACUAACAAAGGACCAGGAGUCCAACAUGAAACUUACUUUACAUAAGGUAAGGCUGAAGUUCAUUGAUAAUUUUAAUCAGAAACUUGUUGUUGAAAUAUUUUUACUGAACAUGCAAACAUCUGCUGAUGAAAAUGUGUUGAUUUAUUGGUCUGUUGUGAAGCUAUUGCUAUUUCUAAUGUGUUUUUAUCACUUUCUGAUGUUUUAUUAAUUAAACAAUACAUGUAUUCAUUGUUGUGUUAUCUAUAGAUAUAGUAUUCAUAUAUAUAUUUAUUUAUAGUAUAGUAAAAAUGUUUAAUUAUUACUAUUUAAAUGACUAAUAUGUGACAUGUAUUAGUAGGGAUGUUGUGCUGAGGGUUAAAAUGCCUUUUUGUCUUUUGGUAUAUUACGAAAUGGCAAUAAACCAUUAAUAUAUGUCUAUGCUGUGCUCAUAUUUAUUUUACCCUACUCAAAUUCAAUUUAUGAUACAUUUUAUUUUGAAAGACUUAAAAUGGUUCUUUAAAGAACCAUUUUUAAAAAGGUUCAUUGAAAAACCAUUAAAGGUUCUUCAAUGAACCAUAGUUUGAAAGGUUCUUUGUGGCACCAAAAAAGGUUCUUCUAUGGCAUCAGUCUAAAGAACCACUUUUGGUUCCAGUUGGCACCUUUAUUUUUCUGAGUGUAUGCUGCUACUCUCUUUUAUUCAUUUGCACAAUACUAUGCCACUUUUAGAAUCACCUGCACUGAUAAGCUAUUUAUUUUCCAGGAUAUAGUUAUAUUGUUACUUUGUUACAGUUAUUUGAUAUUAUAUUUGCACCAUCCUACUGUAUAUUACUGUAUACUAGUAUUAUAUAUAUAUUGUAUAUCUUAUUCCUCCGUUCCUCUGUCUCUCUUGCUGCAUUGAGCAUGUCUAUGACAUAAGAAUUUCCCUCGGGAUAAAUAAAGUUCUUCUUAUCUUAUGAUGAGAGUCAAACGUUAAAUACUGAUCCAUAUGCGAAGGUUUACAGUACACAUCAGCUUUUAGAUGUCCCCCAUUACUGAUGGAAAUCUCACAGUCUAAGAAGGCUAACCUGCCAGUUUUCACAUCCUCCCUGGUGAAUUUGAUGUGUCCGUCCACCGAGUUAAUGUAAUCCGUGAAUUAUGGUACGUCCUGAGAUUUGAUUUUCACCCAGGUGUCAUCCACAUACCUGAACCAAUGACUUGUUCCAGAGUAGUAUAGCAUAGCCCUCUUUUCCACUUCUUCCAUGUACAAGUUGGCCACUCUUGAUAGUCCAGGGUCUAUCGAGCAGUUUCAGUAGAAUGAGCUUGUGAAAUGAAUGGACCCCACGCAGCCUCAGGUGACAGUUCUGUCAUGUUUUAUUUGCACAACAUGUCCUUUCUUUUUCCUUAGGUUGGGAAGUUAGCUUAGCUUUCCACUCCACACUCAGCUCCUCUCUCGAGCCACAGCGUCACUGAAAUAAUCUGAUUACUGAGUGGCAGCAGCUGUCCUGCCAGCCACCCUGGCACUGCCCCUCCAUUGCAUCGGAGCCAGAUACCACAGUCCUGCCACAGAGCUCUGCAAAAGCCAGACUCAAAGAUAGAGGCACAUUAAAAGACAGUUAGAAAUGACUGGUUUCUUCCACCUGUGUUUGGUGUGCAGCACACCUGCACCGUCGCGUGUGCUCCCAGCGUCAUGUAGCUUUGUAUAUAUUUGUAUAUUUGUAUAUAUUACCUUAUUGUUAGGACUGUUUUUGUUGUGCAUCUGCACUUUAUUGUUGUCAAUGUCUACGCAUGGGACAGUGUGAAACGUAAUUUCAAUUCCUUUGUAUGACAAGUACAUUUGAAGAAAUUGACAAAUAAAACUGACUUUGACUUUGACUUUGACAUGAUUCGGGUCCUCGAGGACGGGGACGGUGACAGUCUGAAGAGUUUUUCAACAUUAGAAAUGACACCCUCAGGAUGUGAUGGAUGUUCAGACCCUUAUCUUCAGCCUGACCUAUUAAACUGGACCAUUUCAGCCAUUUUCCUCCUCAGCCUCUGAUUGGCGGGCUCAGUUAACCUGAUGGUCUUUCAGACUUCAGUUUGAACCCCGUGUGGCGAACCUGAACAAUGAGCCGAAGCUUGCUGUUCUCGGCCAUCGCCCUUCCUCCACUGUGUCUACACUUCACGUUGGUGCUUCAGGUCCUUUGUCUUCUCUUCUUCAUCACCCAGGUUGGUUUUGUUUUCACGGGUCCAGCUGUUCCAGAGCUUGCUGCCUGGCCUAUUUUACAACUUUGUCAAGUCUGAUUUUUCUGUUCCUGAGCCUGAUUGACGCUUUGAAGCUUCUGGAUUUUCUCUGUGAUUCUUCGCUUGGUGAACAGCUGGAAAAAAAGGCAUCUUCCUCCUGGAGAGUCUCCCUCACUUGACUGAAUGUUGUCCUUGACGAACUGCUCAGCGUUCUCACUGAUAUGCUUGUUUCUUCAGCCCAAUGACGACCUCCUUCACACAGCUCCUCUCCUCUUUGAAGCCAGUCAUGAUUUCUGAUGAACCAAAUGCUAAUUUUAACACUUGACACCAACUCUUAAUUAGUCCUGAGAGUAAUGAGAAAGCAGGCUGACCUGGACUCAGAAGUGCUUAUUGGCAUAUAUUCCUUUAUUUAUCAAAAUGAUGCAAAUGAAAACAAGCUUUAAAAAAAACUGAAAGCUCUCCAAUUAAAACAUGAGAGGGUGAUGCAGGGAUGGUGAUUGGUGUGAAAUAUUCAGUCAUAAUGUUCAAAUAAAUCAAAUUGAAGCGUCAUCGGUGCCUGUUAAAAUGUAAUGCACUAAAACCACCAGAAGGUGGCAGUAAUGAUCUGAAAGGUGUUUCCUGACGCUGCUCUGAAAAAGUCUGAUGUUGUGAGAUUAGCUGCUCACAAACAGGACAAACACACAAACGUGAAGGCGAACAUGAUGAAAUCCAGUUUAAGCUACCAGCGCAGCAGGAACAAGCUGUGAAAAGCUCACCUGACUGCAUAGUGUGGAGGUGUUUAAGGAGUAGGCGAUCAGUUCAAGUCUGUGUGUUUCAGGAGCAUUCGCUGUUUGAGGAACAUCAUCCACUGGAACCUGAUCUCCGCCUUUAUCCUGAGGAACGCCACCUGGUUCAUCGUCCAGCUAACAAUGAAUCCCGCUGUUACCGAGAGAAACCAGGUGUGGUGCAGGUUGGUGACGGCAGGUUAUAACUACUUCCAUGUGACCAACUUCUUCUGGAUGUUUGGUGAAGGCUGUUACCUCCACACUGCCGUCGUUCUCACCUACUCAACCGAUAAACUCAGGAAGUGGAUGUUCAUCUGCAUCGGGUGGGGUAUUCCAUUUCCCAUCAUCGUGGCAUGGGCUUUUGGGAAGCUGUACUACGACAAUGAGAAGUGCUGGUUUGGAAAGAGGGCGGGAGUUUAUACAGACUACAUUUACCAAGGCCCCAUGAUCCUGGUCCUGCUGAUUAACUUUGUCUUCCUGUUCAACAUCGUCCGGAUCCUGAUGACCAAACUGAGGGCAUCAACAACCUCAGAAACCAUUCAAUACAGGAAGGCUGUGAAGGCAACGCUGGUGCUCCUGCCUCUGUUAGGAAUCACCUACAUGCUUUUCUUUGUGAACCCCGGAGGAGAGGACGAGGUCGCUCGGAUCGUCUUCAUCUACUUCAACUCCAUCCUCGAGUCCUUCCAGGGCUUUUUUGUCUCUGUGUUUUACUGCUUCCUGAACAGCGAGGUGCGCUCCGCGGUCAGGAAGCGUUGGAUUCGUUGGCAGGACCGUCACUCCAUCCGGAGCCGGGCCAUACGUGCCACCUCGCUGCCCACCUCACCGAGCAGAGUGUCCUUCCACAGCAUCAAACAGUCCUCAAACCUCUGACAGACCUGAACUCACCCAAUGACGGUUUGAGAUGUGAUUCCUGUUGGCCAAUCCGAGCUCUUAUGAUGCAUGAGGACCAGACAGUUACAGGGGGGCUCUGUGUGGCCCUGCCUCUCUUCACCCUCACUAGACUCUCAGUCACUGGACUCAACCAAUCAGCUGCUUCAUAUGUUGUACUGAGCAGCGUGACUGUAUUUAAUAAUCGGUUUAUUGAUUUAUUGAUCAGUGUUUUAUUUAUCAGCUAUUACUGUAUGUAUUACUGAUAACCAGCUUUCUGCUCUUCACACACACGUACACUGAUCAUCACAGGUUCAGAGGUGUGUGGUGAGAAACCUAACCCUAACUUAGACUGUCUGAUAAUCCUGACCCGGCGCUGACUCUUUACUGCCUGGACGUCAGCUUCGUGCUCUCCUUCCUCAGGUGAACAUUUAAUCAGAUUAACUCUUCGUGUGAGUGGAUUAAGGUAUCGGACCAGUUCCACCAGUGGCAAGAAAGUAAAGCUGGAUUAUCAGCAGGUUUUACUUUGAAUCAGGUGGCGUCUUUAUGACCACAAGCACGUCUGCUUCAUGUUUGGUGUGAGUGCUCCGCCACAGAGACACUGCUGAAGACACACAGCAGCAGAUCCAGGAGUGUGUGUGUGUGUGUGUGAGAGAGACAGAGUGAUUGAUCCAUCAGUCUGAUCAGUGGCAUUAUUCCCUGGAAGAAUCUUGAUGAAGCUGUGCGCCAUAUAUAUGAAUAAUGCUUCUGAUUCUUCGCACACUGGUUUUGGCGACUCAUUGCUCUUCCUCCGGCAUCAGGCAACACCGAGGACUGGAGGCUUGGUUUCCGUAGCAACCCGAGGAUGCACAGCGCUUCCAGCAGUUCCUGGUCAGUUUUUGUAUGAUGCUUGUAACUUAGGAGUGUUUGCUGUUGGUAAAGGUGAACACCUCCUUCUUGUUCUGGUGUCCAUGUGGCUCAGAAGUCGGGAUGGAAAGGCGAUAGAAAGCACAAAAACACCAUUUAGUUCAUAGUGGCUGUUGUGUGCUGCUGCCGCGACGCCAAUUACUAAAGUAUGACAAAAUCUAUAAAACUAAUAAAUUGCGACUGAAAAGUG